AUGCCUGGAACCUCUCGAAUGCCCGUUAGUCUCCUCGGAAGCUUGGAAAAGGUCAAGCGCAGAGGACCUGCGAAUCCUCUCAACCUGAUAACCGUCGAUUUACUCCGAAAUGUCAUCUUCUACUACUUUGUCCUCCGAUGGACCCGACGAGUUUUCUGGAAGCUCAAGGGUCGAGGCCUGAUCGGCGCCAUCCUCGAGUUGUACCAUGCAAUCCAACGCACCUUGUACGGUUAUUUUCUCCGCGCACCCGGUGUGCGUGGCAAGGUCCAGAAACAAGUCACCGAGUCCAUUGCUCAAAUGUCCUCCAAACUCAUUGCACAGACGGACACGAGGUACUUGACCUUGCCCAAGGAGGGCUUGAGUAUGGAUACUGUCCGCGCCGAGCUCGAGAAUUUGGCCAACCUCGACCACACCCGUUGGGAGGAUGGUUUCGUCUCGGGAGCAGUCUAUCACGGCGAGGACGACCUCAUUGGCCUGCAGACCGAAGCCUUUGGCAAGUUUACCGUCGCCAACCCUAUCCAUCCCGAUGUCUUUCCCGGUGUGCGUAAGAUGGAAGCUGAGGUCGUGAGCAUGGUGCUCAACAUGUUUCAUGCACCUCCUGGCGCUGCCGGUGUAUCGACUGCCGGCGGAACCGAGAGCAUCCUCAUGGCUUGCUUGAGUGCUCGCCAAAAAGCGUAUGCCGAGCGGGGAGUUACCGAGCCUGAAAUGAUUCUUCCCUACACUGCGCACACUGCAUUCCGCAAAGCGGGUGAUUACUUUGGAAUCAAGAUUCACCUGGUCGACUGCCCAGCCCCGGCAUAUCAGGUCGAUGUCAAAAAGGUGGCCCGUCUUGUCAACCCCAACACAGUCCUGCUCGUCGGCUCUGCUCCCAACUUCCCUCACGGCAUCAUCGACGAUAUCACCGCUCUAUCCAGACUAGCUCUCCGCAAGAAGUUGCCCCUCCACGUCGACUGCUGCCUUGGAUCAUUCCUCGUGCCAUAUCUCGAAAAGGCCGGGUUCGAAUCGGAGCUGUUCGAUUUCCGUCUCAAAGGUGUCACCAGUAUCAGCUGCGACACCCACAAGUACGGCUUCGCCCCCAAGGGUAAUUCGACCGUGUUGUACCGCACUACGGAGCUUCGCCAGUACCAGUACUAUGUCUGCCCUGACUGGUCCGGAGGCGUUUACGCCUCGCCCGGCAUUGCUGGAUCGCGUCCUGGUGCAUUGAUUGCCGGCUGCUGGGCGAGCUUACUGACUGUAGGCGAGGCCGGCUAUGUGGAUGCUUGUGUAAAGAUUGUCGGCGCGGCCAAGAAGAUCACGGAGGCUAUCCAGAGUUCUGGAACCCUCAACGGCGAGCUCGAGAUUGUCGGUAAGCCGCUAGUUUCCGUGGUCGCCUUCACCGCCCUCAACCUCGACAUCUACGACAUUGCCGAUUCCAUGUCGAGCAAGGGAUGGCAUCUCAAUGCGCUCCAGAACCCUCCGGCCAUCCACGUGGCCGUCACCAUGCCCAUUGCCAAGGUGUGGGAGCGCCUGAUUCGCGACCUGGAGACUGUUAUCGAGGAGGAACGAGAGAAGGAGAGGGUGCGUCAGGUCGAGGGCAAGGGAGCCAAGGGCAAGGCCAUGGGCAACUCGGCCGCUCUGUAUGGCGUGGCUGGCUCAUUGCCAAACAAGAGUGUUGUGGUAGACUUGGCGAAUGGAUUCCUGGAUAUCCUGUACAAGGCUUAA